AUGACUUUCCUGCAUAUUGUGGAGAGAGAUCAGCAGACGAUUGACGACUCGGUUCAUUUGACGAAGUGUCAGAUCCAAAUCGGCGGGAAUCGCGCAUUGACUCGGUCUUAUUUCAUUGUCUAUAAGCAGCACCAGAAGGACAACCAGAAUUCCGUCGUUAAUACUGCGGUGUUAACCGCUGGAGGGCAGGAUAUCACUUCUACCACACCGGACAACCCCGGUCUCGGUGAUGCUACCUCUAAGCAUAUGGUCACACGGUCAACGGUCAACUGUGUCACUGCCGACGAGAAAAGAUAA